AUGAACCGUACCUAUGAUGUCAAUGUACCGUUGGUUUUGAUGAAUUCGUUUAAUACGGAUGAAGAUACGAAGAAAUUGUUGAGAAAGUACAAAAAUGUGCAAGUCGAUGUGUACUCCUUCUGUCAGUCCAAAUAUCCGCGAAUAUUAAAGGAAUCACUUAUGCCGAUUGUCAAAAAUGUUUCCGAUAGUGAUCAUGACGAGUGGUACCCGCCCGGUCAUGGUAAUUUCUACGAAGCAUUUUAUAAUUCAGGACUUCUGGACAAGUUUCUUCAGGAUGGGAAACAG